AUGGCUGUUCAAACACUGGACCAGUGCGAUCGGACGAAACCCAGAUUUCACGCAUUUUUGAAGGCCGCAGAAAGUCGCACUGAAUGUCAACGGAAUCAUUUAAGAGAUUUACUGGUACGACCCGUACAGCGAUUGCCAUCCGUUAUCUUGCUUUUGAAAGCCCUUCAAAAGAAAACGGAUCGUAGCAAUCCGGAUAACAGCUAUUUGGUUAAAGCGAUGAGAGCUUUGGAAACAGCACUUGCCAUAGCAAACGAGUCUCGCAGACAGACUGAUUCAUAUGCAAAAAUUUUCAAAUUGUCCAGCGAAAUUGAGCGAUGCCCAGCAGAUAUUCUGUCUAGUGCACGGACACUGAAAGCAGAAUUGCAUGUAUUAUCGUUGGGCGGUGAGGACGAAUGGAUUAAAACGCGGGACAGACGAAUGGCUAUUUUUCUUUUCAACGAUUUAAUGGAAAUUGUUAAGAUUGUAUUAACAUUUUUUGAUUAG